AUGCUAGGUUGUAUAUACAAUCUUGAUGCUAAAGAAACUUUUGUCACAGACAGGUCAACUAGAUGUGUUAUAAGUGGAUCAAAUGCUGAUGUUACAGAUAGGUUGUUAACUAUAGGUGUUACAGGCAGGUUAAUAAUAGGUGUUAUAGGAGGGUUAAUCAUAAAUGUUACAGGUGAGUUAACUGUGAGUGUUGCAGGUGGGUUAAUCAUAGAUAUUACAGAUGAGUUAGUCAUAGACAUCUUCUUAUUCUUGGCAUGCCUAGUGUCAAAUUUUGCAGCAAUUGCAUUAGCAAAACUAAAAACUUUAUCAAAUUUAUUAGAAAAAUCAUUUUCAUAUAGAACUUUAAAAGAGUUAGCAGCAUUGAUUAAUGUUUUCUGA